GGAGCCUUUGCCUCUCUUCGUCGGGCCACCCUACGCAGGGCUUACUUAGUUCAAGGAAAGGGUCGCGCUCUCCUUCGAAAUCAAUGACCUCAGUAGGAACACUUAAGUCCUCCCUCCUCCGGCUCUUCACGCUCCACGUUGGUGAUCUUCCAGGAAACAGAGCGUCUUCUUCCCGCUGUUAGGACCCAUUUGUAGUCUGCAGCCGUGUGAAGCACUGGUAGCCCUGGAGUUCAGUCGAUACUAAGCUUUCGCCCGAGACAGCCUCUCAGAUGUGUGUGAAUGCGAGUGGGCUACGCUACUGCUGCCUGGUAAGGAAGCGGAUCAGCCUGUGAGGAGAGGAAACUGUGAUUUCCUACAAGGCGCGGCAGCGCGGCCUGGCUCGCUCUCUCCACCAGAGGGACCGAGCCGGCGCUGUAACGUGAGCCCUCCUCUUCUUUGGGAGAAGCAGUUUCUUUGCUCACGCUCGAGAGACUCGGGGAGGAGCUGUCAUUCCCGUGGUUGCUGCAACGAGAGCGAGUGGAACAACUUGGCUUCUCGCGAACUGGAGACUCCGCCGCCGAUUCCCUUCAGCCAAUUUUCCUGAAAAAGAGCCCCGCCGAGGGCACCUGACUGAGGUAGACUCGACGCAAUAGCGGGGCAAAGCCUGCGCGGCUGAGAUGCCGAGACAAUUUCCAAAGCUAAACAUUUCUGAAGUUGAUGAGUCAGUGCGACUUCUAGCUGAAAAGGUUUUUGCCAAAGUUCUUCGAGAAGAAGACAGCAAAGAUGCCUUGUCACUAUUCACCGUGCCUGAGGAUUGCCCCAUUGGGCAACAAGAGGCGAAAGAAAGAGAGCUGCAGAAAGAGUUGGCAGAGCAACAGUCAUUGGAGACAGCAAAAAGGAAGAAAAGCUUCAAGAUGAUUCGAUCCCAGUCCUUGUCAUUACAAAUUCCACAGCAGGAAUGGAAACCUCCAUCAGACACUCCAGUUGUGUCUCCUCCUACUCCAGUACUUCCAGGAGCUUUUCAAUCCAUCCAAAGGACAUAUGAUGUACCAGAAUUCCAAAGAGUUACAAUUAGUGGAGAUUACUGUGCUGGGGUUACUGUUGAUGAUUAUGAACAGGCUGCCAAGAGUUUGGCAAAAGCUCUGCUUAUUCGAGAGAAGUAUUGCCGCCUUGCUUACCAUCGCUUUCCAAGGACAACAGCACAAUAUUUAUGUAGUAUGCAAAAUGAAAAAUGGAAAAUUGAAGAUGAGGUAGUUCCAGAUUUUCAUCCACCCCCAAAAGAACUGCAGGAUCCUUAUAAUCUUGAUGAUUCUCCAGGAAAUUUGGAUUGUGUUGUAAAGAUGAAGGAAGGAAUUUUCUUAGUUUUUGAGAACAAAGAAAUGAUGGAGCUUGAUGAGCCAUGGAGCUUGCCUUAUCCUGAUCUACAGACAUACACCCUUGACCUCAGUCAUGUGCUGGCUCUUAUUGCAGAUGGCCCAACAAAAACAUACUGCCAUAAGAGGCUUAACUUUCUAGGAUCUAAGUUUGGUUUACAUGAGAUGUUAAAUGAAAUGUCGGAACUUAAAGAACUGAAGAGUAAUCCUCAUCGGGAUUUUUACAAUGUGAGAAAGGUUGAUACCCAUAUCCAUGCUGCUGCCUGUAUGAACCAGAAACAUUUGCUGAGGUUCAUUAAACAUACUUAUCAAACUGAGCCAAACAGGAUAGUGGGGGAGAAAAAAGGCAAGAAGAUAACUUUAAAGCAGGUGUUUGAAAACCUCCAUAUGGAUCCCUAUGACCUCACUGUAGACUCACUAGAUGUCCACGCAGAUCGCCAGACAUUUCAUCGAUUUGAUAAAUUUAACUCCAAAUAUAAUCCAGUUGGUGCAAGUGAGCUGAGGGACUUGUAUUUGAAAACGGAGAACUAUCUUGGUGGUGAAUACUUUGCUCGUAUGGUGAAGGAAGUUGCCCGUGAACUAGAAGAAAGUAAAUACCAGUACACAGAACCUCGGCUGUCAAUUUAUGGGCGUUCUCCUGAUGAAUGGCAGAAUUUAGCUAAAUGGUUCAUUAGGCACAAAGUUUAUUCACCUCACAUGCGUUGGAUUAUUCAGGUUCCUAGAAUCUAUGAUAUUUUUAGGUCAAAAAAUAUUCUGCCUAGUUUUGGCAAAAUGCUGGAAAACAUCUUCUUACCUCUGUUUGAGGCGUCUAUCAACCCCUUGGAUCAUAAAGAGCUGCACCUCUUCCUUAAAUAUGUGACAGGGUUUGAUAGUGUGGAUGAUGAAUCCAAACAUAGUGACCACAUGUUCUCUGACAAGAGCCCCAACCCUGAUAUUUGGACUAGUGAAAAAAAUCCUCCAUAUAGUUAUUACCUGUAUUACAUGUACGCAAACAUCAUGGUUCUCAACAAUCUUAGAAAAGAAAGAGGUAUGAGCACCUUCUUGUUUCGGCCUCAUUGUGGAGAAGCUGGAUCAAUCACUCACCUGGUGUCAGCUUUUCUAACUGCGGACAACAUUUCCCAUGGGUUACUCCUGAAGAAGAGUCCAGUUCUCCAGUAUCUUUAUUAUCUUGCACAAAUCCCCAUUGCCAUGUCUCCUCUUAGCAACAACAGUCUUUUCCUGGAGUAUUCAAAAAACCCACUCCGAGAAUUUCUACACAAGGGACUCCAUGUUUCUCUGUCCACAGAUGACCCUAUGCAGUUCCAUUAUACAAAAGAAGCACUGAUGGAGGAAUAUGCCAUAGCAGCUCAAGUGUGGAAACUGAGCACUUGUGACCUGUGUGAAAUAGCAAGGAACAGUGUACUACAAAGUGGUUUGUCACAUAAGGAAAAACAGAAAUGUUUAGGGGUAAAUUAUUCCAGUGAAGGGCCUGAAGGCAAUGACAUUCGAAAGACUAACGUUGCACAGAUUCGGAUGGCUUACAGAUAUGAGACCCUAUGCAAUGAGCUGAGUUUCCUAUCUGAUGCAAUGAAGACAGAAGAGAUUACUGCGCUAUCAGAAUAGUCCCAGUUCCAAAAUUAUGACAGUAUCACGCAAGGGACAGAAGCGUAUGGACAUAAGAGAACUUGAGCAACUGCAGGAGAGAGUGCUGUCUGGUGAUCAGAAAUCUUAUGUUGCAUUGGACCUGACUGCAAAGCCAGUUUCUGUUAGCAGUUAGCAUAGUUAGCACUGCCGUACACAUUCAGAUACAAACUCACAAUAAGAUACUUUAUGCUGCAUAUGGCAUUUAAAAGUGCACUCUAAAUCUAGUUAUAUUUAUAGUGUUUGUAUCUGGGAUACAUAGCAUUCUGCUUUGAAACAAAUAAUAUGCAGCAGCUUCUGGUAGCACACAUGCACCUCUUUUGCCAUGCUUAGUGGCAGGCAAAGAUCUAUGGCACUUUAAUCUCUGGUUUGUGUACACUCUUUGAUUUAUAAUCCAAGACUGCAAUGAAUGUAGGAAAGUAAAAUAAUAUGACCAAAGAGCUGCAUGUUUUUCCUGGUUGUGCGUUAUAGGAAAACCCAUUCAGCACCAUUUUGUCUCUCCAUCCCCAUCCCAAAAAACACAAUAAAGGUGUGGCCACUGGUUUUGUAGUUUUAUUAAAUCUUUUAUAAUGAA